UCCAGCAUGACAGACACCAACCGUACGCUUGCUCAGGAGUUCUACUCACAAUUCCAAGCGACUCGUACCACACUGACAAACCGAUUGGAGACCGCCAAAUCUACACCCAGCAGCGAUGUUGUUCAAAGCCUGUCACAGGAGAUCGCACAGCUGAGAAAAGGUCUAGUUGAUAAUACGUCGUUACUUCCCCCUUAUGAUCGGCGGCAAUGUGAGGCACAAAUGGCCGGACUGGAAGGGAUGCUAGACCAGAUCCGCACCACCUCUACGUCGAAACCCAAGUUCGCUUUCAAGCGCAAACCUGCAUCGAAGCCGAAUCCCCCGCCGACCGCUGGGCCGUCAACAAGUGCGACAACGCCGUCAGUGCCCGCACGUCCGCUUCCCUCGACAUACCUCACCUUGUCCUCGAAAUCUCACGAACAUCUCACGUUGGAGUCUCUACCCUCUCUUGUAGAACCUUCGAAUACUCCGCAGUCUGAUCUAACGAUAGCCGAUCUGGAUCACUGCGUGGUCGAUCUUUGCACCCCCAAGAAACCUGUCGAGCCGGCGGCGCUGGGCAUGACGUUCACCGCUUUGCACAUCCGCGAUAUUCGAGAUACCAUCUUACUCCUGCCAUCAAUCAAGGGCAGUGUGCUCUUGCAUAACGCCACCAGGUGCAUCAUUGCUGUCGGCUGUCAUCAAUUUCGGAUGCACACUUCUAAUGAUGUCGAUGUGUAUCUAUCGAUUCCAUCCAACCCCAUAAUCGAGCACUGUGCUCGUAUCGCAUUUGCGUCUUAUCCUACGCAUUUAUCAAUCUUGACAGGAUUGCCUUCCCAUCCUCAUGCAAUGAUUGUCAAAGACUUUUCCCACAUACGCCCGACGCCGUCUCCGAAUUGGGUAGCCAUGUCAGGCGAUAGACGGAUACAGGAUUGGGCUGAUGUCAUCUCUUACAGUCGAACAAAUGUUGACCUCACAUUGGAAAAGUAUAUCCCCAAAUCGGCGGAAACAUGA